AUGUGCGCCAGUCCCCUUUGUUUUAUUGACACGUCGACUCUCUACUCUCGACUUGCUUGUUCUCCAAGUAGUCUCUUUAUUUGGGCUCUACUAUUCCUUAGUGAGCCUUUACUGCAGCUUACGACCCUUCCUCUGAUACUGAUAGAGGAUUUGAGGACGAAGCUCUUCCUCUGUAACAAUGCCAUUGUGAUUAGGCAUGUCAUGCCGAAAUUCUUAUGGAAGUUGCAAAACCGGAUGGAAUUGGGACAAGAGAAGACGUUGAUAGAAGCGGGUGCCACUUUUGAUCGAAUCUGCGCGAAAUAUAUAUCUGCAAAGAGAGAAGAGAUAAGAUCACAAGGAUUUGAUCAUGAUCAUUCAAAUGGAGAAAGUGAGGAUCUUUUGACAUCACACAUAAAGCUAGAUACAAGCAAGUAUGAGCUCUUGAAACCAAACGAUGAUAAGUUCCUUAGAGACACCAUUUUAACUUUCAUUGCCGCAGGGAGGGAUACCAUUUCCACUGCUCUCACUUGGUUUUUCGGGCUCCUCCUAAAACACCCUUACGUGGAAGCCAAGAUUCACCAAGAGAUCAACACAAAUCUACCAAAAUCCAGAAGUAGUCAAGAGAGGCCAUGGUCGGCUAUUGAUCGCAAAGCUUAUCUGAACAAGUUGGUGUAUCUACAUGGGGCGUUGUGUGAAGCAAUGAGGCUCUAUCCACCAGUUCCGUUCCAGCGCAAGUCUCCUAUAAAAUCAGAUGUACUUCCAAGUGGGCACAAAGUCGAUGCAAACUCUAUCAUUAUCAUCCCUAUCUAUGUGUUAGGGAGGAUGAGAUCUGUAUGGGGAGAUGACACAUUGGAAUUCAAGCCGGAGAGAUGGAUUUCAGAGACAGGAGGGUUGAGACAUGAGCCUUCCUUCAAGUUCUUAGCGUUUAACUCUGGCCCAAGAACUUGUCCUGGUAAGCAUUUAGCUAUGACUUCAAUGAAGGCCAUAAUUGUGGAGAUAUUACAACACUAUGACGUUAAGCUCAUCGAAGGACAGAAGAUUGAGCCAAAACCUAGACUUGUUCUUCAGAUGAAUCAUGGGCUUAGAGUCACGCUUACUAAGAAAUAUUCAUCUUGA